AUGGUGAAGGAUACCAAGCUUUACGAUACCCUCGGGGUAUCGCCAGACUGCUCCGAGUCACAACUCAAGUCAGCAUACAAGAAGGGUGCCCUCAAGUGGCAUCCCGAUAAGAACGCACACAACCCCGAGGCUGCAGACAAGUUCAAGGAUCUCUCACACGCCUACGAAGUUCUCUCCGACCCCCAGAAGCGCCAAAUAUACGACCAGUAUGGUGAGGAGGGUCUCGAACAAGGUGGCAUGGGCGGCGGAGGUGGCAUGGCUGCUGAGGACCUGUUCGCACAGUUCUUUGGCGGCGGCGGCGGCCCCUUUGGCGGCAUGUUCGGCGGUGGCAUGGGAGGUGGACGCGAACAAGGACCCAAGAAGGCGCGCACAAUCUCCCAUGUCCACAAGGUAUCACUUGAGGACGUCUACCGCGGUAAGGUCUCCAAGCUGGCGCUUCAGAAGUCGGUCAUCUGCCCCAAGUGCAACGGCGUCGGCGGCAAGGAGGGCGCUGUCAAGAAGUGCGCUGGCUGUGACGGUCGCGGUAUGAAGCACAUGAUGAGGCAGAUGGGUCCUAUGAUCCAACGCUUCCAGACUGUGUGCCCAGACUGCCAGGGAGAGGGAGAAAUUAUCCGCGACAAGGACCGAUGCAAGCAGUGCAACGGCAAGAAGACGAUUAUCGAGCGCAAGGUCCUACACGUCCACGUUGACCGUGGCGUUAAGAGCGGCCACAAGAUCGAGUUCCGGGGCGAAGGUGACCAGCUGCCAGGCGUAGAGCCAGGCGACGUUGUUUUCGAAAUUGAGCAGAAGCCCCACCCGCGUUUCCAACGCAAGGACGACGACCUUUUCUACCACGCCGAGAUUGACCUGCUGACGGCGCUUGCUGGCGGCCAGAUCCACAUUGAGCACCUGGAUGAGCGAUGGUUAACCGUUGACAUCAUCCCUGGUGAGUGCAUCAGCCCUGGCGAGGUCAAGGUGAUUCGCGGCCAAGGUAUGCCAUCAUACCGACACCACGACUUUGGUAACCUGUACAUCCAAUUCGACGUCAAGUUCCCCGAGCGCCUCGGCAACGAGGAAGGCGGGCCGAUGAACCCUGAGCAGAUCCGCGCCCUCGAGUCGGUCCUACCACCACGCAAGGUUCCGGACGUCAUGCCUCCGCCAGACGCAAUGACCGAGGACUUUACCCUCGAGGACGUUGAGCAGGGCGGUGAGGGUGCACGUGCACGCGGUAUGGGCGGCAUGGAAGACGACGAAGACGAAAUGCACCCCGGUGCUGAGCGCGUCCAGUGUGCAUCACAGUAA